GUGACGUGUUUUGUAGUUUUUUUUUCGUUAACUUCCUGUGUUGUAACGCAGAAAAAGGUCACAGAGGAAGCUAGCAGCAGCUAGCAGCAGCUAGCCGCUUCCAGAUCUAAAUCUUCCAUUAACGGACAAAUAUGAGCUGGUUUUAAUCGGAACAUCUUCAUUAAGCGCCUUCCAGAACCAGAGCGGUGCUGCAUUCAGGGUCCAGAACCAGAGCGGUGCUGCAUUCAGGGUCCAGAACCAGAGCGGUGCUGCAUUCAGGGUCCAGNAGAACCAGAGCGGUGCUGCAUUCAGGGUCCAGAACCAGAGCGGUGCUGCAUUCAGGGUCCAGAACCAGAGCGGUGCUGCAUUCAGGGUCCAGAACUGAAGCCGUGCUGCGUUCAGGGACCUCAGAGCUCUGUGAUUGGCUGAGAGCAGCAGCUCUGAUCCGGGUCCAGGAUGUGUGCGGUGUCCGUCUGAUCAGAACCAUCUCCAGAACCGGGCCAUGUCGCGGCACAACAAGCUGCAGAAGCAGGUCCUGGCUCUGUACCGCCACUUCCUGCGGGCUGGGAAGGACAAACCGGGUUUCCUGCCCAGAAUCCGGGACGAGUUCCGGGAAAACGCGCGCAUCAAGAAGACGGACGUGAUGCACAUCGAGUACCUGUACCGCCGCGGCCAGCGGCAGCUGCAGCAGCUCAGGGACGCCAACACCAAGCAGCUGGGCUCCUUCUCCAGAGGCAGCGAGCCGGGCUGACCAACAGAACCACCAGAACCAUCUAAUGCAUGCCUCACUGACUGGACCAGAACCUGCCCACAGCAAGAAACUUUCCUCUGUUACUUAGUAAAACAUUUAACCAGCAGCAGAUCCGUCAGAAUCCACAAGUUCUGCUGGUUCUGGAAGGUCCAAGGUUCUGGUUCCUGCUGCGUGCCGAGUCAGAGUCACAUCCUGUCGCUUCAUCGCCUGAUUUAUUCUAACACAAGAUCAAAAAUGAGAAAAAAAACUUGAUUCUGUUGGAACAGAUUCAUCAGAACCAUCAGCUGGUUCUGGUUCUGAUAUAACCAGUAAAAUGUCUGAGAAUCUUAAAUCAGCUUAGAUAUGAAAUCAUUGAGCUUCUCAUCUGCUAAUAUCUCCAGAUUUAUGAGAUGGACCUCUGUGAUUUCAAUCUCUGUACAAUAAAAUAUUGAUGUUUA